UCCUCAUACAAUUACAACAACAACAAAAAAUCUCUUUUUUUUUUUUCCCUCUAUCGAUUCUGUCUUCCUCCUUUCUUUCCUCUGCGACCACAACACCCAUCUGGCAUCUGGUCACGCCCCUUUUCCGGCAAAUCUCUUCCGAGGAUACCCACCAUGUCUGGUUUGCAUAAUCACAACUUCUCGCCCGCAAGAGCAGCUUCUCCUCAGAUUAGAAGCACUCCUGAUGUCGAUAGCCAGUACUUAUCUGAGUUGCUAGCAGAGCAUCAAAAGCUUGGACCUUUCAUGCAAGUACUUCCCAUAUGCAGCCGACUCUUGAAUCAAGAGAUCUUUCGGGUUUCGGGAAUGAUGUCCAACCAAGGGUUUACCGAUUUCGAUAGACUGCGGCACCGAAGUCCUAGUCCAAUGGCUUCACCAAAUAUAAUGUCCAAUGUUCAUGGUGCUGGAUUUGGUGGUUGGGAGAGAUUAGGCGGACCGCCUGGAAUGGCAAUGGAGUGGCAAGGGGCACCUGCCAGCCCAAGUUCAUACACAGUGAAGCGCAUAUUGCGUCUGGAUAUUCCAGUUGAUACAUUUCCAAACUUCAAUUUUGUUGGAAGGCUUCUGGGUCCAAGAGGCAACUCGCUGAAGCGAGUGGAAGCAACCACAGGCUGUCGGGUGUACAUAAGAGGAAAAGGGUCGAUUAAGGAUCCCGACAAAGAAGAGAAGCUACGGGGGAAGCCAGGCUAUGAGCAUCUCAAUGAGCAGCUGCACAUCCUAAUCGAGGCUGUUCUCCCUGCCAGUAUCGUGGAUAUUAAACUGCGGCAGGCGCAGGAAAUUAUUGAGGAGUUGCUCAAGCCUGUGGAUGAGUCGCAGGACUACAUCAAGAGGCAGCAACUGCGGGAGCUUGCACUGCUGAAUUCAAACUUGAGAGAAGACAGCCCGGGGCCAAGCGGUAGUGUCUCUCCUUUCAAUUCAAAUGCAAUGAAACGCCCGAAAACGGGACUCUAG